ACAAGCGUCAAAGGAUUUCCUAUUUCAUGUUGUGUGAAUUUCCGAGUGGAUUUAAUUAUUUUUCAUUUACUAGACUAGAAUAAAUAUCAUAAGAAGAAAACAAGUAUCCAACCACAACUAAAAAUGUCUGUUAUUAAUAAAUCAAAAGACAAUAAACCUGAGCCAGUCGCUUACAGUGAGGCGGCUUUGAGAAAUAAUGCUUCGGUUGUCGAAUAUUGUAGAACAUCCAUGGCUGCAUUGUCGGGCUCCACAGCAGGUGUCCUAGGCCUGACAGGCCUAUAUGGGUUUGCAUUCUAUGUAUUUGCUGUGGUGAUCCUGUGGAUCAUGUUCAUGGUGAGGGCGGGACCAAACUGGCACAAAUACUAUGUUUCUAGACAGAGCCUUUUGACCAACGGCUUCUUUGGAGCUCUGUUCACCUAUGUUCUGUUCUGGACAUUCAUAUAUGGAAUGGUACAUGUGUAUUAGAAGUAAUUAGUUUUUAAGUUGUAUUGUAUAAAUGGUUAUUAAAUUAUAGUGAUGGUGUAAGGUUGUUUAUUUAAGUAAUUCAAUCAGAAUUAUUACUUAUGAAUAUUUCAUUAAAGAAAUUUACUUUUUAUCACUAAAUAAGGCCUGUGCCAACUGAGUACUGGAAACUUUUUGUCCAUAAAUUUUUAUGUAUUUCAAAUAACUCUGAUAGAACUUCACAUACAGGAGCUUACAAAUUGAAUAUAAGUUAUGAAAUGAGUGUUGUA